UGCUAACCACCAACCCAAAAUCCCCCCAAACUCCAUUCAAAAUGUUCAAGAUCGUUGCCCUGUUCGCCAUCCUGGCUGUUGCCUCCGUGUCGGCUAAGGCUGAUCCCAAGCCUGGUGUGCUGGCUUAUACUGCCCCUGCUGCCUAUGUGGCCGCUCCGGCUGCUUAUGUGGCUGAAGGAGGCGCCGUUUACGAGCGUACCUUCCACGGAAAUACGGCUCCCCUCGCCUAUGCUGCCUAUGCUGCCCCGUACCCGUAUGCUGCCACUCCUCUGGCUUACUCGGCCCCGUACGUCGCUGCCGCUCCAGCUCCCGCGGUGCUGCUUAAGUAA